CUCAGUUUACCGCGAACCAUCGGACAGCUUAAACGCGUCAAGUUUAAGAAGCCGUUAAAUAAUUCAUCGGUCUAUAAAAAAAUUAUUAUUUUAUCAAAUGGACAUUAAUUUGUGUGAUUAUGCUUAAAUAGUGAGAGUGAAUAUUCGCAACAUUUAUAUUUGAGGAAAAAAAGAGAAGUGCUAAGAAUAUAGACAAACAGAAAGGUGCUAAAGUAAUUGUGAUAAUUAAAUUUACACGUACCUAACAUCCACUAAGUAUGUCAUUAAGUCGCAUUCAUUCGCUGAGGAAAUUUCUCGUAAAUUCCACUCAAAUCAAAAGUCUUCGAUCUAUCUCGUCCACAAAAGAGUCCCGUGAUAAAUUGGCAACAAAGACAGACUCGAAAAAUGAGUGGAAUCGUGCAUUAAGUGAAGCUGAAAAAAUUGUUGGAUAUCAAACUUCAUUUUUAAGCUUGAGAUAUUUACUGAGUGACGAAAUUACAAAUCUAGCGCUACAUUUAAGAAAACUUGUUGGAAGUCCACAUCCACUCGUAAAUACUGCAAAAUCUUUAAUUUAUGGAGAAAACAAUCUUCAAACAUGGGGCUUAAUUGUACUCUUGGUGUCAAAAGCCGUGGGACAAUCACCAGAAGUACGAGAUAUGGAACAAGACAAAAGUGCUGGAGUUCUCAUUUCACAGAGGACAUUGGCAGAAGUUGUUGAGAUGGUACGAACAGCAAAUCUAAUCCAUAAUGGUGUAUUCAACCUCCAACAUCUUCAAAAUGCUGGAAAUAAUCUUUCAUCUGAUUCAGACAUGAUUUUUGGCAACAAAAUUGCACUUCUGGGUGGUGAUUAUCUUUUGGGAAGUGCUUGUGCGCAGAUCGGACGACUUAAAAAUCAAGAACUGAACGAGCUGAUGUGUACAGCAUUUAGAGACAUGGCAGAUUCACACUUUAUUGGAUGUAGAGACACUCAAAAUAAUCCAAUUCCAUCAGAUCCGCAAAAGAAAAAAGAAGAAAUCAAUUUACACAGUAAUCAUGAUGACAUUCCCGUUGAUCUCAUUGACAAUAAGAAGCCAUUCAGUUUGAAGGAUGUUAUGGGUAGUCCAGAAGAUGAGUGGACAUUAAGGCAUACUUUAGCAGAAGGAACACUUCUUGGCAAGAGUUGUCAAAGCGCACUGCUGUUAGCUAAAAAGCCAGAAGAUAUGCAAAAGACUGCAUAUUUCUUUGGGAAACAUUUGUCUCUCGCAUGGCAAGCUUGCAUGGAUCUUGAACCAUUCCGAUUGAAUGAAUUGACAUCAGAUGCUAAAUUUAGUUUAAUAUCAGCACCAGUUCUUUUCCAUCUUGAGCAUGAUCCUUCAAUUUAUGAGGAAAUCAAGAGAGGUACAGAAUCUGUCAAUGACAUCGACUUCCAAAAACUGCAUUUGGAAAUUCAGAAUGGACCUGGCAUUGAAAAGACAAGAGAAUUGCAAAGUAAACAUUCUCUCCUUGCUAUGACGGAAUUAUAUAAAUUUGCACCUUCAGAUGCUCGAACAGCGCUCGAAAACAUUAUUAUGGCGAUGCAAGAUAACUAA